AAUGCAGGAUGCAGAACGUUGUAGGAGGAAGCACAGUCUUCCCUCUAAGUAAUUGCUUGUUGUUUCUCAAUAAAAGACAGAUACUUCUAAAAUAAAGUGCCGUUGUGCAUUAAAUGUUCACUGAAAACCAAAAAGAGAAAGUGAGCAGUCUGAUUUGAUUUUGUUUGUACAGAAACUCGAUUACGGUUGAAAGAGCACUGUGAACGUGAGCGAGUGUAUUACCAAGUUAAGUGUGUACCGUGAGAGAAAUUCCUUAUGGUUUUAUCUAUUGAAUGUUUUAUAAAUCAACUCGAUACAAAUGCGACAUUGGCAACUCAAGUAACGUCUUAUAAAUUUCAUUAUUUUUGUAUACAACUGAAUUUACCUUGGUUCAUCACAGCCGAGGUUCGUAUUACGUAAUAAAAAUGUUGUUUGCGAAUGAGCAAAAAAUCCAUAAAAUAGCGAAGAUGUGCGUGACUAAACAAGGGAACAAGAGAUACGAAGUGAGCAUGCGAAAUGAACAAAGCCCACGGGAAACCUUUUAAUUCUUGUGUCUAUGACACAAAUGAUGGAAAAUAACCCGAAGAAAGUACGUGUAUGCGAGUGUGCGUUUGUAUACAAAAUUCAGCAUCGAAAUGGAACUGAAUAAAUCCCAAAAAAAUGAAAUACACGCAUCUCACACGCACUUUUCGGCCGGAUUUCUUCAUUUUGAAAAGUUUGCUUGCACACUGCAAAGCUUUACAGCGAUUAUUAACAUUUCGUGUGAUCAAUCGACCGAGAAAAUUCCUUUGAGUAGGGUAAAAGUGAUUAAUUUUUAGGCAUGGAUCGAUACACAUUAUGUCCGAUGGAACUCCACUGAGAGACCUGUUUUUCCUAUGUUCCCAUUAUCAAACUCCAAUUCUAAAAAAAAAACAAGCAAAUGGAUUCUUAUAGAAACACAUUCCGGAGUUUUUCCAAUGGGUUCGAUUCGACUAUCCGAGAACAUCGUAAUUUUCUUCACUGUAUUUUUUUCUUCAGGAAAUCGAAAGCAAUAUAAUCGAAAUAGAAAUAUCAGUACACUUUUUUCCCAUCAGUUCCCUCGGUAUGUUAAAAUAUAAAAAGUUGAAAAAAUGAUGAGAGUUUUUUCUUCUGAUAUCCUUUCUUCAGAUUUGUUUUUUAUAGUAUUUUCGUAGAAAAAGGGUUUGCUCAGUGAAAAAAAAAAAAUCGACUGAAUUUAAAACCAUUGGGAAUCACGCCAACAUUUGGUUUGGAAGAUGUUUUUGCAUCUCGUCAACUAUGUGCAAAUAGCUUUUAACCACACAAUUUCGGUCGGCGAUAGUGUUGGAAUUGUUCUGCCAUCGAAAUAUGUUGGGUUGAGAGUGCGCCGGAAGUGAUAUGCUUGCAAUUUGCCAUCUAACGUAUCCAUUAGGUAAAUUGUUCCCCAAAAAGCAAUAUUGGUGUAAACUUUACCAUGAUUUUAACAAAAUGUAUUCGAUAACAGUACUGAGAGUUUAAUGCUGCGAUUCGUUUAAAAUGUUAUCGUGAUGAAAUAAGAGAAGAAAAUAACAAAUACAAAAUGGAGAAAAAAGGGAAGUCAAAUGGUUUCGGGUGUAUAUGCAGACAUCCCUAAAACGAUUUUAUCUUCUUACUUACGUUUAACGCUAAAAUUUUCGCUCGUUUAUCUUUUGCGCCUCAAUUGCUCCGAACAGCUCUCAGUUGUUAUAAUGUGUAGAUGAAUCAGUAUAAGUUUCUUAAAUUUCGCAUAAAAUGGAGCGUUAUACAGCCUUUUUCACGUAUAUUGCAAAUAUAAACUUUAUGAAAAUUCACCGUUUUAACGAACAAAAAAAUUUACAAUGCAAAAAUGAUCAUAAAUUUACACCCAAAACGAACGAUGAAUUUUAUUACACUCUCCGUAAAGAUUUUUUGCAAAUAAAUGGCUCGCGUUGUCAGAAAACAAUGAUUUCAUCAGCGUAGACAGACACACGUCUCACUCACUUUUUUUUUAUUUCGCUGGCAACUGAAUGAACAUCCGUUGCAAAAUGAAAAGAUAUAUAAACUUUGUUCUUUGUCAGACUUAAUAAAUCACCGUAUGUAUCUCUUAAUGGGCGAUAUAAUAGCACAUUCUAAAAAAAAAAAUGUUAGCGACGGAAUCAUAACGUGUUAGAAGCAAAAUAAUGACAAAAGUCCAAUGUACGAGUUACAGAUUGCACACAAUGAGAGAUUUUUUUUUCUGCUUGAAUCACGUAUUCACUAUUGAUUCAAUUGGCAAUUGUUUGUCUCGUAAACGAUACGAUUUUGAGCGAGCACAAGACAUAAAUUCGCAAUGAUCCAUAUGUUUGCCUUGUUGUUGAUAAACUGAACACUGCUAUCACUGUUGGAACCGUGCAAGAGCAUUGAAUCUGAGAGUUGGAGCGAAUGGACCACGAUUUUCCAUGCAACGAAUCGACUGGAAGUGGAUGCGUGCUGCGUGUUGCUGUAAAUCACUCCCCUAUAACAUUAUUUACAUUCCAGUGCAACUACGCAUGUUACUGCUAUCUUUCCAGCCAUCGUUCGCUCACCCGAGCUUCUCCGACACAGAUAAUAACAAUUCACUGUUAUCGCUGGCUGCUUAAGGAGAAACCAAACACCAUGUGCUUGGGUGCUGAACGUAUUAUAUUGACCAACCAUCUGCUUGUUUCACAAUUCCAAUAAUUCUCCCAUUCUUAUCCCAUCCACACAGCACAUAUCAGCUCCACAUUCCAUGAAAUUUAUUCUUAUCUCCGUUGUAUUAUUUCAAUUCUUCUUUAUUUAUAUCGACCUUAUUGCAAUGAAGAACUUCUUUUUUUUUCAUCCACGCAAUUUUACCUAUUGAAAUAGCUUCAACUGGCACACGAAACCAACAUAAUGUAGAAAUAAACGCCUACUCAUAGCUCAACAUAUUUACGUUGAAUGUGUAAAGAUACAUUCCAUUGUGCGAAAAAUUAAUAUUUCAUUUAUCAAACAGAGUGAAGAGCAUCAAUACACGGAUAAAUGGUUUUUGAGUAACGCGCUUUGUGAUAAAUGAACACUCAUUUGUUAUGAAGAAUGAUGUUCACAAGACAAAAAUGUGUACAUCUAAUGACACACGAACGUAAGGACGCACCCUAUCAUUUUGGCGCACAAACUUUGACAGAUGAGUUUCGCUCACACACAGAACAACCAAAACAAAUUCAGUAUAGUUCGUUGUUGGCGUCUGUUGUCUUACCGUGCAUUCUGUGAUUUCAAAUUAUUUGUCAACAUUUGGAAGAAUCCAUUGCAAGUGUUGGAUUCAGUUAAACGGCGGUGAACGUAAAUAUUUCUGGUAAUUUAUUUCAAGUUUUUAGAAAUGUCCAAAGAUUCAUCACAUUCAUCGUUGCGUAAAAGACCCGUAAGAAAGGCGAAAGAAAAGGCAACGUUCGAAAUUAGAAAAUAUUUUAAGCCGAAAAGUUUGCAAAUCGUUCCGGAGGAUGCAGAAAUAUUGAACACAAAACAGCCAAUGAAAGACAAAAACAACAAUUCUGGAACGAAAACAAAACGAAAUUUUAAUCAAUUAUAUCAGAAACAAAGUAAACAUGACGAAAAGGAAUCAAUUAGUGAGGCACAUCCAAAAAGGGCAAAACCAAACUCGUGGAAACCAGAGUCUGAUGGAACGAAACUGACUCUGAAGAAAAUUGCUUCGAAGCAAUUAGAGUUUUCUUCGAAAAGCCAUCGUUCAAAAGACUCGUCGACAUCAUCGUUGUCUGAGCUCGUCAAUGUAUUGGACAGUCCAGUGGUGUCGAAGAGUGUGAUUGUAUUAGAUAGUUCAAUUGCAAGCAAUGAGUCAGAGUAUGGUUUUGAUGCAUUACAAACAGACGAUCCGACUGACGAAGAGAUCGACGUCGAAUUGACUGAUACAAAAAAACCAUACUGGAGCCUAUACAAUAAUCGCAUUGCAAUUGUUAUUGAUCAAACGAAAGUCAGGACAAAAGUGAUCGACAAGCUAUUUGACUCGGGUCCUGAAACCGUGAACUCAUUAGAAAUCUUCCCAAUGAACACACCGAUUUCACGCCGUCGAUCGACAGCCGUUUGGAACACUCCACCACGUUAUUCAAUGCUGCCAAAGUACUAAGCUCCAUUAUCAUCAUCAAUUCUAACCACAGAUAGACUCUCGUUAGAAAUACUUUCAAAAUAUGUGUGAGAUUAGUUUGCCGAAUUGAUUCCCAAGAUUUAAAACAUUUGCCAUUUUGAAACUAAAUUUUCUGAACGAAAUCGUUAUACUAUUAUCUAUUAGACCAGUUUUUUAUUUUUUUUAAGAAUUCGUACAAUAAGUGUGAUUUAUAUGUUGAAUACAUUCGAAAAUAAAGCAUGUACACCAAUAUAGCCAAUGAGGCAUGCAACGGUUUUUACCUACUGCUGAUAAUAGUUUAAGAUGUUGGAAAAAAAAUUCGAAUAAAAUAAUGAAAUUAUCUCAA